AUGCCAAUUGUGAUAAGCCUUCGAAAACUAGUCCACCUGCAAUCAUCUCAACUGAACCAUCCGCAAAGGUACGUUCUCUGGCAGUUAGUGGUGAUUUUGAUGGAGAAAUCGUUUUACAUCUCAAUCCUUUUUCUGUAUCCCAGUUUUACUGCCUAUGAGACAAUGCGAAUGUUCACCGCAAUCGAUGUGCUCCUCUUGCCAAUGACUAUUCAGUUAACAUAUGUCGGUUGUAAUCGACGGAAUGUGCAUUCUCUACUUGCCUCGUCAAAGAAUAUUCUCAGAGUUUUUUGUUGUCCGUGUGCUCCCGCACAGGUCUAUGUGGGGUCCACUUUGGAGCCGGUGGCGGUGGGAUUUGAUGUGAGCACGACGAGACAGGAAUAA